ACUUAACUUUACAAGUACACGAAUAAGACGAAAAAAAUAUACAUAUCCUUUUGAGUUCCUUCAGAUAUAUGUCAUAUGUUGCUACAUUAAUCAGUUCUAUUUGAUUUAUUGGAAAAACCAUGGCUAAUAAAAAAAGUGCACUUUUACAUAAAACAGGGUGGUUUAUAUUAUUUAUCAAUGGAUUGAGUGCAAUCGUACACAUUGAUGAAUGUGAAGUAACACCUGUUAUACACGUCUUGCAAUAUACAGGAUGCGUACCAAAACCAAUACCAAGUUUUGCUUGUAAAGGAAGAUGCAGUAGCUAUUUGCAAGUAUCUGGGUCAAAAAUAUGGCAAAUGGAGAGAAGUUGUAUGUGCUGUCAAGAAAGUGGCGAGAGAGAAGCAAGCGUCUCUCUAUUUUGUCCAAAAACUAAAGCCGGCGAUAGGAAAUUUCGUAAGGUUAUAACAAAAGCACCACUCGAUUGCAUGUGUCGUCCAUGUACAAGCAUAGAAGAACGUAUUGUUAUUCCACAAGAGAUUGCAGGUUUAUCAAAUAAUGGACCCUUAUCGAAUUCAGCUCACUUUAGAAAUACUUUUAAAUUGACUUAAAAAGGAUACUCGAUAGUU